CUUCGAAUCCAAAGUUCCAACUUUCAUUUCACAAUUUCGGUGCUUUCUGGGAGAGAAAGCCAGAUACUGGAAACUUGUUUUUCCUUUUCUUUUUUAAGUGUUUUGAUCUAGUAGCAUCUUGGAAUUCUGUUAUAACUUGAAAUCUAAUUGAUCAGCAUGGAUAUAUCUUUAAAAUCUGCCUUGUUUUGUUGUGUUUUGUUUGCUGUUUGUGUUUCAUCCUAUGGCCAGAAUUGCCAUGGCUAUAGUUUUACAAGCAAUAAACAAUAUAGUUUAUGCAGUGAUCUACCUGUAUUGAAUUCAUUUCUCCACUGGAAUUAUGAUUCAGCUACUACUACAGUUGAUCUUGCAUUUCGUCAUACUGGAACUACUUCAUCGCAAUGGGUAGCUUGGGCCCUGAACCCUUCUGGACAAUUUAUGGGAGGGUCUCAGUGCCUUGUGGCUUUGCAAACUUCCGCCGGUGUUCGUCCUUACACCGCACCGAUAGGUGCCUCCGAAUCGAUGCCACAGUUGACAGAGGCUAAUUUGACCUUCGGAGUUUCAAACCUUUCGGCUACUUUGGAGGGUGGUGAAAUGAUCAUCUUUGCCAAACUGCAACUUACUAGUGAAUUUUUAUCAACCAACCAGCUUUGGCAAGUAGGUCCGAUGAAUGGAGAUAGCCCUGGUAUGCAUCCCACAAGUGGAGAUAAUGUAAGAUCAGUUUCAACCGUUAAUUUCGCCAGUGGUGAGACUACAGCUGGUGGAAGCAGUAUCAACUCCAGAAUUAGAAAGAGGAAUAUUCAUGGAGUGCUAAACGCUGUGAGUUGGGGAACCCUUAUGCCGAUUGGGGCCAUGAUGGCUAGGUACCUUAGGGUGUUCAAGUCUGCAAAUCCAGCAUGGUUUUACCUUCAUAUUGCCUGCCAAACUUCGGCCUAUAUUGUGGGUGUUGCUGGGUGGGCAACUGGUAUCAAGCUUGGCAACGACAGUCCUUCCGUUCAAUAUGACACACACAGGAAUAUUGGCAUAACCCUCUUUGCCCUUGGCACACUUCAGAUGUUUGCAUUGCUUUUGAGGCCAAAGCCUGAUCACAAAUACAGAUUAUACUGGAACAUCUACCACCAUGCUGUCGGGUACACAGUGAUCAUUUUGAGCAUCUAUAACGUCUUUGAGGGUCUUGACAUAUUGGAGCCAGCCAAGAAGUGGAAGAGGAUAUAUAUAGGUAUUCUUAUUUUCUUGGCUGCAGUUGCUGUCAUAUUAGAAGCCAUAACUUGGAUAAUAGUUAUAAAGAGGAAACAGAAGACUUCAGAGAAGAACCAUCAGAGCAUGGAUGGAACAAAUGGAGUGAAUGGCCGUGGGCCUCAUCAUGAUGCCUAGACACGGUAGUUUUUGUGUAUGUAUAGCAGGAUUACUACUGUCUGUUCUUUCUCUCUACCUCUCUCUCUCUCUUGUAAUCUACUGUAUCAUUUUUACAGUCCAUUACAUUACACCGUCUGAUUUAUAUAGAAAUUCCGAGAGCUUACUAUUUUUUGUUAUGUUAUUUUUAGUUGUGCUUAUGAGGUGAGAUAGGUUGUAAUUUUUUACCAUAUAUACAUGGAUAGAUCCCAUUGAGUUUUCUUUUUGAA